CUUUCUUGGACCCACUCGACAUUUCGCCCUUCUCUCUCCAAACUCUCUCCAUAACCGUCGGAUCCUCUCACCCCGAAUUUCCGUUACUCAUCCAACGACCGCCGGCCCUUCUUCUUCCUCUCCUCCGGCAGCCACACACAGAUUCCCAUUAAAUCAAACCCUAGAACAUCCGCCAUCUCCGAUCUUCCAUCUCUUCGAUCAUUCUGCUCUUCCACGAUCACAAGGCAACGAUCUCGACCUGUGUAAAUCACGUGUUCGCACAUAUUCUGCGCGAAGGAACCUGGAGACAAGGUACCACUGGAAACAGAGAUUUAGUUAGAGAGAGAGAGGGGGAGGGAGGGAAGAAGUGUGAGAAUGGGGGUGGAUUACUACAACAUACUGAAGGUGAACAGGAACGCGAGCGACGAUGAUCUGAAGAAAGCCUACAAGAGGCUGGCGAUGAUAUGGCACCCGGACAAGAACCCCACGAGCAAGCGGAGCGAGGCCGAGGCCAAGUUCAAGCAAAUCUCCGAAGCCUACGACGUCCUCAGCGACUCUCAGAAGCGUCAGAUCUACGAUCUCUACGGCGAAGAAGCCCUGAAGUCCGGUCAAUUCCCGCCCCGGGGCGGCCCGCAUUAUGCCCACCGGCAAAACCAAAGCAACCACCAUCAGUUCAAUGGCAGUGGAGCUUCGUUUAGGUUCAAUCCGCGGGAUGCGGAGGACAUAUAUGCGGAGUUCUUUGGAUCGGAGAGCAACGGAGGGGGUGGGAGAGUUAGGAGGGGGUAUGGAGAUGGGCCCUUCAGGACUUCAAAUGGCGGGGCCAGCUCAAGUAAUGGCGGCGGCGGGGAGUUGAGGAAGGAAGCGCCGGUGGAGAACGUGUUGCCGUGUAGCCUGGAGGAGCUCUAUAGAGGAGCCAAAAAGAAGAUGAAGAUUUCAAGGACGAUUUCUGAUGGGUUCAGUAAACCUCGCACUGUGGAGGAGAUAUUAACCAUUGAGAUUAGACCUGGUUGGAAGAAAGGCACAAAGAUCACUUUCCCUGAGAAGGGCAAUCAGGAGCCCGGCGUGAUCCCUGCUGAUCUUAUUUUUGUGGUGGAUGAGAAGCCGCAUGCAGUUUACAAGAGAGAUGGUAAUGACCUGGUGGUCAAUCAGGAAAUAACGUUACUGGAGGCGCUUACUGGGAAGAAUCUUGAAUUGACGACCCUGGACGGGAGAAAUCUUGUGAUUCCGCUAACCGAGAUCAUCAAACCCGGUUUCGAGAUGGUCAUUCACGGUGAAGGGAUGCCUAUCUCUAGAGAACAUGGGAGAAAAGGAGAUUUGAGAAUUAAAUUUGAUGUCAAAUAUCCUUCAAGACUAACUGCAGAACAGAAGUCUGAUUUAAGAAGGGUUUUGGGUGGUAUUUUGUGAUAAAUUGUCUUAACUGAUCAUAUUAAGACAAGUUAUCACAGAUUAUUAUCACCAGAGAGCAUUCCACAAUUAUUAUGGUAUGUACAGAUAUAUCUCCAGAAGAUUGGAAAAAUGUGAAUAGUAGGUAGUCUUAGGGGGCUCGGGAUGUGGACCGAGUAUGGUUCACUGUUUUUCCUUUUUUUGCAGUUUAGAAUCUGGAUUGGACAUGUAGUCGGGGACAGAAAAUGGCUACGUGGUGCGAUGAAAGGUUUUAACGAAAAGGAUUGUAGCUGAAGUUUAGUCGAACCUUUCACGAUUGCCAUGUAAUAUUGAUCUUUGCUCUUCAAAUGUCCAUUUGUGGCUUCUCAUCGUUUGCAGUUUGGAAAAGAACGAUGAGUUGGUUUUGAUCAUCGUGCAGCAUCAUUCCAGUACAUUGAUCUGAUUAUUUCAGCAGCAUAUAUAUCCAACGGUUUGUCCUCCUUCCUGAUUC